GCCCUUUUCUGGCAGCUGCCGGCACGGCCGAUCCUCUAACGCUCCCUUCUCAGCCUGCCUGGCGCGGCUGCCUCUGCUCGGCUUCUUCCGCCGUUUCCUUUUGGCGUUCCUGCUGCUUUGCUGGGGACGUCCAGAGAUCUCGGGGGUCAUUGCGGACACCGCUAUCCAUUGGAAUGAAACCUUGGAAAAAACAGAAACCAUACUGGCAAAUGAGGACACUGCAUUUCAACAGAUUAACAAUAGUAGUAGCAAAAAUAACAAUUACAGCAGUGCAUUCCAAAAAGAAAUCACAUUGCCUUCAAGACUUAUUUAUUAUUUGAACAAAGACUCCGAAAGUCCCUAUCAUAUUUUGGAUACUAGGACAAGAUACCAGCAAAAACACAGUAAGGCUGUGCAUCUAGCUCAGGCAAGUUUCCAAAUUGAAGCUUUUGGUUCUGCAUUUAUUCUUGACCUCUCCCUGAACAAUGACUUAUUAUCUGCUGAUUAUGUGGAAAUUCAUUAUGAAGAUGACAAACCACAAUAUUCAAAGGGAGGGGAACACUGCUAUUAUCAUGGAAGCAUCAGAGGCAUCCCAAAAUCCAAAGCUGCUGUUUCUACUUGUAAUGGACUUCAUGGCAUGUUUGAAGACGAUACUCAUGUCUACCUGAUAGAACCUUUGGAGUUAACUCACAGCAUGAGCAAUGCAGGUAGACCACAUGUCAUUCGGAGAACAUUUGGAUCAAAUGCCUUCAGUCAGUUGGAAGAUCUUGAUACUGAUUCCACAUCGGAUUGGUCCUUCCUGACUGAAUUGCAGUGGCUAAGAAGGAAAAGAAGGGCUGCAGUGCGUGGUGUCUUUGAAGAAAUGAAAUACCUAGAGCUCAUGAUUGUUAAUGACUAUAAAAUGUUCAAAAAACAUCGGUCAUCCCAUAGUAAUACGAAUAACUUUGCGAAAUCGGUGGUAAAUCUCGUGGAUGCUAUAUACAAGGAGCAACUAAACACCAGAGUUGUUCUAGUUGCUGUUGAAACCUGGUCAGACAGAGAUCGUAUUCAUGUCCAUGCAGACCCAAGGCAGAUGCUUCAUGAUUUUUCCCGAUAUCGACAGAACUUCAUCAAGCAACAUGCUGAUGCUGUACAUCUCCUCUCGAAUGUGACAUUUCAUUAUAAAAGAAGUAGCCUAAGCUAUUUUGGAGGAAUUUGUUCGGUGGCUAGAGGUGUUGGAGUAAAUGAGUAUGGGCUUUCCUGGGCAAUAGCACAAGAAUUGUCCCAAAGCUUGGCUCAGAAUCUAGGAAUACAGUGGGAACCAGCAUCCAGAAAACCAAAAGGGUGUGAUUGUACAGAAUCCUGGGGUGGAUGCAUCAUGGAGGAAACAGGUGUCUAUCACCCCAGAAAAUUCUCAAAAUGCAGCAUUGCUGAAUACAGAGAUUUUUUACUCCGUGGAGGAGGUUUUUGUCUUUUCAACAGGCCUACAAAGUUGUUUGAUGCCACUGAAUGUGGAAAUGGGUAUGUGGAACCAGGCGAAGACUGCGACUGUGGUAUCCAAACGGACUGCCAUGCAGAAUGCUGUAAAAAGUGUUCCCUUUCUAAUGGAGCUCAUUGCAGUGAUGGUCCAUGUUGUAAUGACACCUGCCUUUUUUUUCCACGAGGCUUUGAGUGUCGCUAUGAAGUGAAUGAAUGUGAUAUUACUGAAAUCUGUACUGGUGACUCCGGCCAGUGCCCACCCAAUCUUCAUAAGCAAGAUGGAUUUGCUUGCGAUUCAAAUCAGGGACGUUGCUAUAGUGGGGAGUGUAAGACAAGAGAUAAUCAAUGCAAAUACAUCUGGGGCAAUAAGGCUUCAGGGUCUCACAAACACUGUUACGAGAAGCUUAAUACAGAAGGUACACAGAAAGGAAACUGUGGAAAAGAUGGAGACAAAUGGAUUCCUUGCCACAAGCAUGACGUGUUCUGUGGAUUAUUGCUUUGUGCAAAUCUUGAUGGGGUUCCACGAAUUGGUCACCUUCAGGGAGAAAUUAUUCCAACUUCUUUUUUCCACCAAGGUGUUGUAGUGAACUGCAGUUGUGCACAUGUACUUUUAGAUGAUGAAACAGAUUUAGGAUAUGUAGAAGAUGGAACUCCCUGUGGUCCUAAUAUGAUGUGUAUGGACCGAAGAUGCCUCUCUAUUCAGUCCUUGAACAUAAGCAGCUGUCCUAUGGAUGCUAAUGGAAAAGUUUGUUCGGGACAUGGGGUGUGCAGUAAUGAAGCCACUUGCAUUUGUAGCACUACUUGGGCAGGUACAGAUUGUAGCAUGUUUGAUCCUAGAAGGAAAGAUGACUCAGAGAAACCAAGUGGACCAAAGGGUCCUAGCGCCACCAAUCUUAUAAUAGGUUCCAUCGCUGGUGCCAUCCUGGUAGCAGCUAUUGUCCUUGGGGGGACAGGAUGGGGCUUUAAAAAUGUAAAAAAGAGAAGAUACGAUCCAAGUCAACAAGGCAUCUAAGAAAUUCCCUGGAAGAAUGUGGCUGUGCUUGAAUGUGGACUCUGGCUAUGGAGGCUAUUUGAAGCAGCUGGCUCUUCCUGCGGCAGAAGCAUACCAGCCAUUGUCUACCAGUGGCAAGCGGAGGCAUUUGUGAAAGGGCUAAAGGAAAACUGUCCUUUACGGGAGAUUUAAAUUCAAGGACUUCCUCCACUCAUUUCUCUCUUUUUCGGGGGAUGUUAGGGACAAAACAAACUUUGGGAAGGAACUAUUUCGCCUAUUUUUUGUUCUAAACAAAAAUGGAACAAACAAACCAAGCGCAAUAAGUAAACACUUUCAAACUAUUUAAAUAGGUAAAGAAUUUCUUAAUAAUUUGAUUUCGCAUGAUGUUUUAAUAUUAAUGGCAGACUCCAGUGGCAUGAUAAUUUCUGAAAUGGUGAACUGCAUGGCAUAAACACAGCAAACGAGCUAGCAAGAGGGUCCCAAAUAAAAUCUAUUUACCAAGAACAUGAUAGAACAAAACACAGAAGAGCUGAUUCUAGGUUUUACCUAUGAAACAGAGGAUAAUUCCUUAAUUCUACCUAAUAUAGGUAUUCUUUAUUUUGUUUAUUUAUUGCUUUGGGGCAAACCUCUUUGAGGAAUGGCAAAUCAUACCACAUUGAAAUAUAUUUUUUAAAAAGGCUUAGGGGGAAGUCUUAUCAAACUCCAUUAUUACACAUUUUUUAAAUGUUUCAUUCCAUAGUAAUCUUAAGCUGUACACAUUCUUAAAAUGUUGCUCCUAUUUAAUUUUGGGGUAGCACUUUAUAUUUUAGAGGUUGGGGCAUAGUGCAGGGAAAUUCCACAAAUAAGAGGUAUGCUUUUUAAAUAUGUAUGCUUGAAACCAAAAAAAAAAAAAAAGGUCCAUCCAAAACCAAUGUGUAUACAAUGAUUUUUUCUCUCUCUUCAAAUGCAUUAUUUGCAUCCAUGCAGAUAUUUUGUGUAUAUAGUAAGAAGCUGACACCCUCUCAAAUUAAUCACAGAAGUGCCAAGCUUAUGUCUUUUUCAUUUUGCCGUGUUGUUUUCCUUUCUCAGCCUCAUAUUGUAUGACAGGAAAGAAGCCUAAAUAAGCCUUAAGUACUUGUAAAAUACUGAGAGCUUUUAACAGGUUAAGGUGUUCUGUGUAUUGUUUUAUAAAGGCCAGUCUCUCCUCACCCUCAGGACUCCUUUCAGUUUUUAAAAGUGCAUAUACAGCAUCCAGAUAUCCAUAUCUUUUUGAAUUUAUUUCUGUAGUAAUUAUUUUUCAAAGCAUAGCUUUGAACGUUACUUCCUACCAAGCUACAUGUGGUUACUGUCAUGGAGGAUAGGAUUAGAAAAAACGACGAGAAUAUUGCCAUGUGCAUAACCAGAUAACAUUGAAUCCUGUUUAAACAGAGAAGUGGCAUUCAUGAAACAAUAAUUUAGCCUCUUCCCUUCUUCCAAGCAUCCAAGCUCUGCCAUAAUCAAGUUUUUCAUCACUUCUCUAAUUAGCAAAUGUGAAAAGCCAUAAUGGCAAAUUCCAGCAACUAACUAAAGUGUAGUAGAAACAAAGCUUGCUUGUAUGGAUGCACUUCUGCUGGCCAACCAAAAGUUAUUUAUUCCAAUAUACAAGGCAGCAUCCCACUCUGGUUUUGUUAGCGCUGGUGCUUGCAGCUGCAGUUGUGCUUAGGGGUUUUCUAUGCUGGGAUGCAGUGUCCAUGCUAAUUAAGCAAUGAUGGUCAUUAAAGCAGCCAUAAGAUAACAAACACAUUGUUAUUACAGUUGCUAUGACAUCAGAGCAGUGUAAACUCAACCUGCAAUCAUAUCCAAAACUCCAAAUUCUUGAUUAUUCAUUGCUAUAGAAGACUGCUUUGGAAUAAGCUUUAAGUGCAUAACGAAAAGCAACUUACUUAAAAGCUUUUUUCCCAGUCACAGGAUUCAACUCGACAGGAAAUGUAUGGAAAUUUUAUAUUGCUUAUAUUGAUAUGCUGCAUGAU